GACGUCACACGGGCCAGCGCCCCUGCGCACCGCACAAGUCGGAGCACGCGCUCACCACCAAACGAAGAGGAGGAGAGGGAGCUUGAGACGUCAGUUGAACAUGGCGUUGAGCUGGAGAGCUGUCAGCGGUCUACAGAGCAAAACAACCACAUUUACGAUCUCCGCCUUCGUCUAAAAGUCUCUAACGGAUUAGAGUUUUAAUCGACACGGAUUCAGGAAGCUAUUUAAAUUGCAGCUGAUAAUUUUUCUGCCACUUUUGGGACUCUGAAAGGAGGAACGGUUGACAGCCUUACGGUGCGGGAGGCGUAGCUAUCGUGUAAUUAACCUGGACAGCUUGACCACAAUAUGUGUGUCAACCUGUAAAGCUAACUGACGCUAACUGGGUAUCGAUCCCGACAGACCCUGCAGCUAUUUGGGUUAACUCGUCAUGUGCUCAGACGUAUUAGUCGGUCAAUAAUAACAGCAUGAUCCAGUGAACUGUUGCACCUUUAGAUUUAAGUACAGAUAGUUCAGCUAGGUGACACCAUUAGGUUUAUUUUGUUUGGUAAAGUCUCAGCCUGUAAAGCGUUGAGGAGAUGUCUGACAAUCAGAGCUGGAACUCUUCUGGUUCCGAAGAGGACAUCGAACCCAGAGAGGAGUCCGGACAUCUGGUUGGUGUCGUCGACUUAAGCGGAGUCCUCAGUAAGGUAAGUAAGGCUGUGGAUGAGCUCCCAGUUUACUAACCCAGCUUGAUGCAUGUCCCAGUCUCUAUCUGUUUUAUGUUUACGGAGGGAUCAGUCAGUCUGUCAACAUUAGAACUCAGGCAUAUGAGAAAUUCCCACUGAAGCAAAUGAGAAAUAAAGUAGCUGUAAUCAUGUUAAAUUAACCCUUCAUUAAACUGUAGAGGCAGGUGUGGCAGCAACACAGGAAAAAAUAUUUAAAACUCAGUAAGUAGAGGUAGAAAUAAAAAAUAAAUGAGAGGGGUAUGCAACUGAUAUAACAAUAAGCAAAAUGAUCAUGACGGUAGAAGUGACACAGUAUAAUUGUGCAAAUUAAUAAAGUACAGCAUGAGGUAUAAGUAUAAUAUCAGGUUUUCAGAUUCCUAAAAUAAAAGCUAGAGUCAUCUCCAGCUCAGAGGCUAAUAUGUGAUUAAAAUACUCACUGUUAUUAUCUGAAAGAAAAUGAUGGACCAUUUGGGGAUUCAUGUAUUUUGAUAAGGUAGCUAUUAGGAUGUAAUAAACUGUGGUGCAUGUUGACUAAUACAGUUAGGUAGCAACUGGUUAAUUCUUAAACCCGUGUCAACCUAGUAAACAUAGAUGUCUGUAAGAAUAGGAUAGGAUAGUAGGAAGAACAUAACAGUUAUCCUCUCAUUAAGGCUGUAUGUCAUCAUUUUAUGUACUCACAUGUAUUUUUGUGAAUUUGUUCCUUUACCCAUGAGAACACUGAGCGGCCCAUAAUAACUGACUCCUUUGGUACUCACAUUCCCAUUGUUUAAGUUUCCUCUUAUCUUAUCAUAACUGUUUCUGAACUCAUCGUAUCAUACUCAGACCAAAGAGCCACAGUAAUAAUCAGCUCAUACCAACAUGACAUCUCGUAACAAAAACCCUGUAACAUCUAACUGUAUGUUUGGGUAGCCAUAUGCUGAUAUCAGAUCAGAUCAAAUUCCUCUAUUACUUAUCUUGAAGUACCAACUCUGUAGAUAAACAAGCCUAAUAUGAUUGAGAUGUCAAUCUUGCUUUCCUGUAUGUCUUCAUAUGUAAAAGAAUUUCCAUUUUUUACUACAUAAUGAAAAACGGGGACACUUACGGGGAUGGCUUUAGCUUGGGACAGGCUAUCAGAAACAGGGUCUGCCUCCAGAUAAUGUGGACAUCUGGUCACCCGAGAUUUAAGACAUAGAAAGGUUGGAAUAUAGAGAAACUAAGAGAUAUGGUUGUAUCAUAUAACACAUAAUAAUAUGGAAGAGAGCGCAGCUAGCCUUGUUGGGUCAUUGAUAAUUCUUCUAUAGUCUGCGGUUAUCUUAUAAUGGUAAUGAAACUCAAAAGUAAUGCAUUCAUUACAGGUGUAGUUUAUGACACAGUAAUGUAAUGCAACAAUUUUUAAAAACCGUUUAGUGAUUUUUUCAUUUCCAUGACAUUGGAAAGUUGUGAAGAAUUUUGCAGCCAGUGGAAAUACUGGUGGAAAUAUAAUAACCCUUUCAACCAUGGCAGAUUAUUCUUCUGUUUAAGUUCUUUAUUUGGUAAAGACGUGUAAAUACAUGUCCACAAAAUAACGCCUGAGGUUAAACAACAUGAGGGAAGCAUGGUUUCAUGGUACAGUGCUAAGAAAUGGGAAAACUAGGACAAGAAGCUGCUGUGAGUAUUAUACUCCACUUGUCAAGUUUUUACCAUUUUGCAACUUUUGUGAGUUUCUUGAAGAAAUAGUCAGUGACCUGCCACAUUGGCCACUAAAAAACUAACAAAGCACUCUGAGGAGCUUUUAAGUGGUGAUAAAAUGCCUCUUUAGGACCAUCCAAGUCAAAAAGACCAUCAGGCACAAGGCCAAUAAUUUCUCUGUUGUGAUUUUUAAUGUCUGAAAACUGCUGUGAGGGGACAAGAGUCAGAACAGAUGAUUGAUGGCAUGCAGAAGAAACUGGUUUUUCACUUUUUCCUUGGCUAGCACUCAAUAAAAGGCAACAAGAUGAGGUUCUGGUCUGAAACCAAAAGUUCCUCAUAAGACUUAUUUUUGUCAGUAUUUCCAUGUCAUAAUGGGAGUGAGUGAAAGAGCUGACUCUGUCAUUUCUGACUCCUGAGUAGUUAAUUUUUGUUGCUUCACUUUAAGACAUUUCUCCUCUGAUGGUUGUGGAUACAGCAGAUGGUGUUUCUGUUACAAACAGUGUCCAGUGACUCUCUCAACAUUGUUUUAAACACCAGGAUGCUCUUUUACAUGUAAACUAAGAGCGCUGUAUAAAAACACUGCCAGCUUUUGUUAACGUGUUCUGUUUUUCCUCGGUAAACAGACAGUUAAGAAGUGUUGAUAACAUAUGUGGCUGUUUGCUUGUUCAAGUCUUUGUUUGGGACAAAUUGCCCAGAGUUGAAAUGAGUUAAGCUGCUGUUGGCGAGCUGGUGUGGUAUUAAUCUCACUGUACUCUGGCUGCCUGUAAACAGAUUGCAAGCUGACCCGCUAACCAGGCAUAUUGCGAGAUUAAGCAGAUCUGUUUCGAGAAAAGCUCACCUGUUCAAUCAUACUAAGCCAAUACACGUCAGAGUUCCUGUGUGGAUUAAUGAGUGUGCACCUUACGUAAAAUCCUGCGUGUGUCAGGUUUUUCCCUAAAGUGAAGGGUUAUCAAGUUUGACAGUAUGUUUAGUGUUUACUUUACUACGACUCUCCAGUGUAAAAACACAACAAGACUCUCCUCAAACAAUGACUUUUUGCUUUAUUUGUGUCACUUGGUUUUAAGACCUUUUUUAUUUUAUGAGUUAAAAUGUAAGCACGCUUAAUUUUCUUGCUCUUUAACAUAAAAAGACAUUAGUAAUCAUGUUUUAUUUACUUUUCAGUGGACAAAUUACAUCCAUGGAUGGCAGGAUCGCUGGGUAGUCCUGAAGAACAACACACUGAGCUAUUACAAGUCCCAAGAUGAGACAGAGUACGGCUGCCGGGGAUCCCUCUGCCUUAGCAAAGCUGUGAUUACUGUGAGUACUGUUGUAAUUCUUCACUAUAAAGCAGCACUUUUCCUCUCAGUCCUGUAAUUGUGCAUCAGGACUUAUUUGAUGCACGUUCUGUGUUCUUGAACGCAGCCUCAUCUGCCCUUUCACAAUGUCUCCCAAGAAUAAACACUGCGCUUGCUUGGAUAGAGGAACUAUCAAACAGAGCAGUAAACGGUCAAGCUUACUUCAGCACACACCCAACCGCUACUCAGGACUUAAGAGGAGACUUGUGUUUAUUUUAUUUAAAUGUUUAUUUAGAUAGUAAGUGGUGGUUACAAACUACCUCUGUCUUCUUCUCACUUCACCUGCUGCUCAAGGUGAUUCUUUCCUGCUCUGUCCUAACCUCACACUUUGACAAAACCAAACAGCCUCAGACAGAGCUGAACCAUCAUGACAUCCGCAGUGAGUAUAUUUCUAACAAAACAAUGGUGCGCAGCUCUGCUUUUGAAUGGAUUAGUAUGAAUUUGUAUAUAUUUUAAUGUAGUUUUGACCGUCUUGUUGGUGAACCAGCUGUAAAAGGAGGGGAACUUCUAAUAAUGUCAGCAGCAAUUUAGAGGAGUAAUGAUGACUACAGAGUUUUUGUAAUUUUGUUUUUAGAUGAAAUGUAGAAUAAAUUUAGAUACAUUUUAAGCAAUUCAAAACUUAUUCAUUGUAGUUCAAUUUAGUGCCCUCAGUUGUACAAGAGUUAUGACAUUUUCACCUCAAGAAUAUGUUAUUUUAAUUUACCAAUCCUCAACACUCCCAAAUUUGCAAGGGAUUUUUCCUCUGUAUGCAGUUACAGUACCGCGCUCUUACUUGUAAUCUUUUCUGACGUGAUUUGCAUUCACACAGCGUAAAUCUGUGUUUGUGUUAAGUGAGUGACACUUUUGUUUAGACAUUUUAAUACAUAUUUGACAUUUCUCCACAAUUACAGGACUGAACAUGUUAGCACCCUUUGAGAGGCAUUAGCUCAUCCGUUGUUUUUGGAUUCACCAUAAAUCUUGGUUUUAAAAAUGUCUGAGCAUUUUCGGAGGGUUGCUUAAGAUGGUUGUUGCUGCAGGUUUUUCUGCGUCUUUCUCUUUAUUUAUGGGGGAUGGUAACCUCCCCAAAGAACCACUACAGUUCAUGAGUCACUGUAUACUUAUUUUUAACACAAUAUCAAUAUUUCUUUAUAAAGGGGGGGUCGUAGUUAAAAAAAUGUGUAUUGCCUGACUAAUGCUUUGUUUUUGUUGAUGAAAGCUUGUAGACAACCACAGUGCAGAGAUUCACCCUUGUUUGACUGGUUAUUUAAAAAUAUUCAACAUCUCUUCACUUGCUAAAUCACAGCAGGAACCUUCAAAAAGAGGAAAAUAUUAUUUCUGGGUUGUUUCAGUUGUACAGCCUCUAAUGCUUAGUGCAGUUUUAAUCUUUGCCGGCUCAGGUUUCCAAUCUUACUCAUCUGAAAAGUCUGAUUUUCAUGUGUGGAAUUUCUUGGCUUGUUCUGUUUCUGCUUCCAUGGGCGGUCUCCCCCGACUCCCUCACUUUCUCCCUUAACCUUUAACACAGUUAUGAGUUUCACAUACGUUAUAUUUGAUGUGUUUCAGAUGUCAGGCAUCCAUCCACCAUAUGUUUCUCUUAAAUUCAUGAAAGGAAGGCACCGCUCCUUCCUGGAUCCACAUGCAGGCCUGAGGCUUGUUUGCAAUUAUAAUCAGACGAGGAGCUUUACCCUGGAGUUUCUCAAACUUGUUCUUCUACUCUACGAUAUCACUCUUUUUUCAUUUUCAAACAAAGAUCUCCUGAUUAUGUCCCAAGAUAUGCUGAAGGGUAACUCGCCUAUCAGGUGACUGUUGUGUUUCAACACAUCGUACAAUGUGGCAACACUUGACUGGAACCACCAUCAUCAUGAGACGAGUAACGCUGCGUCACUGUGUAGGAUUGUAGCAAAGAUCAAGUAAUGCAAUAUAACAUUGAAUUAAAGGAUCUAAUGGCUUUUAAACUAAAACCCUUUUUAAGUCUUAAAAGAGCUUCCACACUUGGUUAAGCUCGUAAGCAUGGGCGCUGUUUCACCGUAUUGCUUCAGUCUUAACUCCGGUCAGUGUUUGACUGGAUCCCGCCUGCAGGUCUCUCUGAAACAGUAACGAGGGAAAUGAAUAAGUGACUGUUCCUGGCAGCAUAAAGCAGGUUUUGCUAUUAGCUGUAUUUGUUCAGCUUCAUCCAUUCCCAGCCUAUGUAAAUAUUAACCUCCGUGUUGGGAUCUUCUGCACUCAUUUCUCAUUCCAACGGGAAUGUGCGUCACAAAAUGUGGGCAUAAAUAAUGAGGCGCUAUAGACAGAGAUGUUCAUGCACAGACAGUUAUUGCCUUUUUUGAACAUUUUUUUCUCUUUUGUUUUGCCAGUAAUUCUUCCUUUAAGUGCUCCUCCUGACUCCCACAUUUAUUCCUGAGAAGAAGAAAGUACAGUAUGUUCUCAGCAGAACUGAGGCUUGUAAUAUGUCCACAUGUAUUUAAAGUUAUUUGCAAAGGGUUAGCAAUUUUUACAAUAUUUAUAGAAAUUCUCUGAAAUCUGUGUCCAUACUUUGUACCAGCUUAAUGAAGACAAUCCCCUUGCUCUUUUUCAUUUGUUCAGUUUGGAGGUUUCUUACUUUCCUGUGCACCACACUACUGGAAUAAUCAUAAAUUAUGGUAGAUUAGGCCUCCGGUGAUGUUCUUAAUAAUUGGGAUUUUCUUUUAUUAAAUAUUAUAACACUCCCAGGGUGACGAACAACACUGCAGCCUCCAUAGCUUAGUUGUACACCCACCAAAUGUAAUCUAGAUCUGCUAAGGGUUUUCUUUAAGAUUACUUGCUUGCAAAAAUUAUAGUUAAAUGCAGCUAGCAAGUAGGGCUGCACAAUUACUCGAUUUUAAAUCAUAAUCAGAUUAUUUAAUUUUGACGAUGCUAAAAAAAUGAAAAUUUUCAAAUAAAUUUUCCUCACUAUCACAUCUCGCAUUGCCAGGCCACCGUAGGCUCCCCCUUCCUGCAGCAGCGCUCCCAGUUCCCACACCCACCUGUUUAAAAAAAAACAUGGCAUUUGCAAAAGAAGGCGAUAAUUUCGUGGCUUAAGGUCCUUACACACCGGGACUGACGCAAAUAUACAACGCGAAAUUUCGAAAUAUUCUGAGGCGAAUUUUGACGCACCUGACUAUACACAUCAAGCCUGAUACGAUUUUGCGACUUUCUGGGGGGGGAAAAAAAGACGCCUCCCGGGUGGAAGCGAGAAGACUGACACAAAACCAGAUUGACUGUUUUCAGUUCUGAUUAGACACUAGUGUUGAGAUGGCUGUCUGUCAUGAUAGCAUGUACUGAAUCGGGGCCAGUACCAGAUAAGCACAUUAAAUUAUAAUCCAUAAACAUAAGGUAACAACCAAGACCUAAUGGUGCUGUGACAGCAACGCUGUGAUUGAGUUUGAGACAAUGAAAAUACAUAUGGUAUGUUUUAUCUGAACAGGUUAGCAUACGGGCUAAAGUUACUUAGCAAAGAUGAAAGUUAAAACAAAGAAACAAAGACAUUUAGCAAACUGUUAAAGCACACAAACCAUCGUCAAAUGAGAAAUCCGACGCCAUGACUCUCCACAAGUUGUCCUUCAGGUCGUUAUCUUUGUAAUGUUUGUAAAUGUUUCCUGCUGCAAAGUCUGUCUGAGGGUGGUAUCAAGCCGUCCACUCGGAAACGAAUUUAGGAGUAAUCGCAAAAGUUUUUUGUCACAUCGGCGUUUCAGGUGACUGUAAACUGUACUUUUUGAAAACAGAUCAGAAAGCAGCCCUACUAGCAAGUAUUUGACAUUUUGCAACAGACCCUUUACUCAAAUAGUUCAGUUAGUAUUCAGACACUUGAGGCAGUUAUUUGUCUUAUGCAGCUUUAAUGUCAGCAUGGUGUUAAUGCUCCGUCAAAGUUUCACAGCUACAUGCACACAUUUCAGUCAGGACACUUAAGGUGAGAAAUUUGGUUAGAACUGACAAGUUAGGUGUGAUCGUGACAUUUUAACCUCAGCGAGACUGAUGCACUUAGAUUAGCAGUUGGAGGAUUGACUUUCUUUUGCACGUAAACGCCUCAGUUGAUCUGGAAGUUCUUUGCAGGCUCCACAAUUCUCACACAUGGCUUUGACUUUGAAACCAAACUAUAUAAAUACAGAGAAGGGCUGAGUCGUAAACAAAACCCCUGCAGAAGAAGAAAAAGAAGACAGGAAGUUAUCAACAUGGCGUAGAAUUAAGUGUAGAGUACUUAAAAGGUGCAGACGUUAUGAGAGCUUUUAAGUUUUUUAAUCAGCUAGAUCACACGACAGAAACAAAUACAGCUUCAAAUUUCAACAGAUUGGGAGCAGCAUCUGUGUGCUCCUCCACUAAAGGCCUUUAUUCAUUGCACAGCUGAUGGAUGAAAUUGCACCCUCCAUCUGUUAGCAACAAUAGUAUAGAUCAUUUACAGGCAUCCUCUUUGUAUAUUCACUUCAUUAAAGGGAACCUAAUGACAAUAUUGAAUAGCUUUUACCAUUUAGAGGAACAAACAACCCCUCUGUGAGUUAACAGGGACGAGGAGAAUCGAUGUUAGUGUUACAUUAACAUCAAAGAAGUUUAAUCAGUGUACAAAAUAAUGACUAAUUUUACUUUUACAGCAAGUUUUCACAUGAUUUUUCAGUUUCUUUUAAGUCAACCUUAUCCUUCCCUCCUUAAAAUAGAAGCUUAAUGUGUUUACUUGAAUGAGCAGCUGAUCAUCAGCUUGUAUUACCCACUUUUCACCCUGUUUGGCUGAUACAACACAAACAACACAUGGUUUUCUCGCUGAGUGUUAGGCGUGCACAACUAUCAGUCCCCAUGAAACAGCUAACAGAAAGCUGUUUGGUCCUGCAUCACAGUCUGGUGGCUUCUCUAGCUCUUGUGUCUUAAGAUUGGUAGUAAAAAAAAAAACAAUGACUAACACUCUGAGAAUUUUUGGCAUGGAUGAAAUAUUGAUCGUUGCUCAAUCUUGGCCAGAUGCUUCAGGAAGGCACUUCAUUGGAUGCAAAAUUAGAACUCAGUGAGUCAACGUUGUUAAAAAGAGAUUUCAGGAAAUGACUCACUAAAUAUUAAGAACACUCUUUCCUUUUUUGUUUUACACCCUAGAGGAGACAUUAGUUGCGUAAGAAAUAGCCUUCCCCUUCCUUGAACCCUUCCUUAUCAUCCAACAAAGGUCACUCUGCUGUUUCCUUGUUUUUGGUUUGACACCUUUACAGUUGUGACCUAGAAACACACUAAAACAAACAAAUGUUGACUUUGACGCAGCAUCAUCCUGUUAUUUCAGUUCUGUGGUGCAGAUUGUCUGUAUUAGCCGGCCUCUAAACACUACUUUUGCAGCCAUACCUUCACAGUCUGAGAACCACUGUGGCCAUUUUUAGCUCCACGGUCGGUUAAAAGGAGCACACUGGCCUACUUGUGAUUCCCUCUCUCUGUGGGAUGAGUGAGUAGAGCAGACUGAAUCUGUAGUAGUCAGCUGCUUGAUUGUUGAGAGUUCUCCACAGCGGCGACAAUGGAUGUGAUAAUUCGACCUUUUCCUCAUCAGCUCUGUCACAAGAGAAACGGGGAAAAGGGUCAGAGAGAAGGUCAAGUGGAAGUUUGUGAGAUUGACGUCAGGCUUAGUGGAAAUUGCAAAGUGUCCUCACUGAGGAAAUGAGACUCUUCCUCAUAGCAUGCAACUUCCUCUACUAAAGGGGGUCAUGAGGAGGGUCAAGAACCAUAUAUUCGCCUUCGGGGUUAUCUGUCUGUGUGUGUGUAUGGAAAUGACACAGUGCUGCUUUUACGUUCCCUUCCCUUUCCUUUAGUUUCACCCUGACUGAGAGGUGAGUCAGUGUUUCCUCCCUGCUGGAGCCUCGGGAUCCCAUUUUGGUGUGAGAGGCUGCAGAAAGAUGUUCCUGGCAGCUCGCCUGAGCUGUUUGGACAAGAGGAUGCAGUAUUUAUUCAUCUGGAUCUCCUCUGCAUAAUUACAGUGUUAAAACUUGCAUGCAUGAGUAAUGAAAUCAGUUAGGUGUGGUGCAGCUGUUAUGAUAAUGUUGGUGUUUGCAUAUGGUUUGGUCCGUCUGUCCUUGCAGAUGAAGAUAAUGAGAAACUUUCUGAAGGGGAGAUCAAAACAGAGAAAUGAAGAGCUGCGUUUUCACUAUCCUGUCUACUUUUUCCUCAUUCAUGCACCUUUGAAAGCUAGCACAGUUGAAAACUAUCCAAAACAAAUGAAACACACACAGAUACGAACCCCUUAUGAUGAUUCAAACGUGGGAUGAGGCAGAGAUAGUUGCUGGCAGAGGCUUCUCACCAGAAAAACUGCUUUGUUGCGUAGUCGCUUUGGUAUCCCAGUGGGUGAGACCUACAUUUGUGUCAUUCACACUGUUGGAGUAUGUAGUAUUCCUUCACACAGACACUGAGCUCCUAAAACUCUGAUACAAAAGAGAGUGAAGGAAUACAGGGAAGGUGUGUUACAUUCAUUGUAGAGGCCAAAGCAAGCACAACGUGACAGGUGGCACUCAGGACUCAUAGUUCAGUCUUGAUGGGGGAACUAUAAACAUCAUUGAAAUUGAACUCAGACAGUCACUAAGACAACAAUAAUGUCUUUCUUGCCUUCCAUGAUCUUAACAGAAAUCGGCCUCUUGGGUUCGAACCUCAUAAACCUGGAUCUUCUUUUUAGUUUUGUCCAUCCUGACUCUGCUGUGCUCACUUUCACAUUGCUCAGUGGUUUUAUUCUGUGGUUCAGUCUUAGGCCUCUUACUGUGAGCUCUGGACCGCAAACUUCCCUUGUAGGUGCAAAACUCUAACUCUAACCCUGCACAACACAAAAAUGCACUUGUGGAUCUGAGCUUACUGAUCUUUUAAGCCAAGGACAAUGAGUAAGCAGCCGUCAGAAAUCAUCAUAAAUCCAGAUGGAGCAGCUCUAGGUCAUGAAAGUUGAUACUGAGAAAUAAAAAAAUCUCCCUUAAAUAAAACCAAGAUUCGUUAACAAACUGAAAUAAAAGUCUAAGCAUGUGUUUUUAAGCUGUAAUCAUUGAGUUCAUGAACUUUGACCUGACCUUUAGCUUCUACAGAUCGUGACACAGAGCCUAAGCAAGAUUAGAGGAUGAUGUAAGACUAGUAGCAUCACUUACAGACAUAUGUCUUCCUGCUUUACUCUGGAUUUCUGUUUGAGAGUGUAAAUUUACUUUACACUCAGAGAAAAUUCAGCAAACAGUCGGGCUAAUUCACAUCGCCAAGAAGCCUCUCCUGAAUACACUGGAGUCCGUCCAUGUCAUUACAGCUGACGGAGAGAAUUUCUUUAGCUCACCGCCUUUCACAAAGCGCCCAUCAUUAGCAUGUCAUGGCAUCUUGUGAAGUGCAAGGCUGCUGUUAAAAUGACCUCCCUGUGAUGGAUUAUUGUUUACUGUGGCCUUGGAUCCCUGUAACCUCCCUAGACCCAGCACAGGCUUUCAUUUUUUUCAACCUUGGUCACACCUACUGGUCGGUGUGGCCGUGACCUGGCAUAGUCCUAAGUGAUCAAGAGGAAUCUUUUCUUUGGCUUUCCUAGCAACCAAAUAACAUCGAGCAACAAGCUCCGCCGAUUUCUGCAGCGACACUCCAGGAGAGUUUGAAAUAAACUUUCUCACUUUGUAGCUCCAGCACACGAGCCUCCACCUCGUCAUCAUCAUCUUCGACUUCAGAGGACACAUUUUCUGAACUAUUAGACGGCUUAUAAAAGCACUCUCUUCAUCUUCCCUCUUCAGCUCUCCUGAUUUCAUGCAAGCUAGCUUUCUGCCAUAUGACAACAAUGUGCAAUGAAAGGGAGUGAUUGAAGGCUAAUAUUAACCGAACUGAAAUCUGUGUUGAAACUUAAGGAUGUUGUGACGCAUGUCCUGGACUGAACAGAGGGGCGGUUGAUUAGUACUGCCUGAUUUCCCAAAACUGCUAACAUCAGUCCCUGACUUACUGAAUGUUGUUCAGAGAAAUGGAAAAAAACCAUCACGCUUCAACAAUUAUUUCCGGUCACAUGUGUGCUUAAUGUAUUUUAAGGUUGCGUCAAUAAAAUUUAAGAGCAUAUUCAAACAAAGCAGUUUUACUGUUGAUUUUGAAAUGAUAUGAUGAGCUUUUCAUUAUCCUUCCUACUUCUACCAUUUUCUAAUUAUCAAAAUAUAAACUUUUUUGGUUGGAAAUGUUUUGUUUUUAAAGUUUAAGCAGUUGGCAGUUUUAAAAAGACCACCAACUGCCCCAAAUCCAAGUAAAAAUAAAACUUCCUUUUAGGUUCAGUUGGCAGUUUAAAAAAAAAAACCACCAACUGCACCAAAUCCAAGUGAGAAAAACCUCAUUUUUUGAUGGUUUUGCCACAGUGUCAACAGGCAGAGGUGAAGUGUUCCUGGCAUAGCUUUUGCUGUUGACAAUUAUCAACUUUUUGACCAAUCAGAGUAGUGCUGGGCGAUAGGACGAUAGAUAUCGUGGGCACGAUAGAAAAUGUCUAUCGUGCCAUUUUUAUUUUUAUCGUUUCGGGCGAUAGGCUGUAUUUUAUCCAUAGGGCUUGUGCCAUCAGAUGAUUCAUAGUAGCAACAACAAUAAUUACACAUUCAGUAAGUGUAUUUGGUGUCGAACGGGAAAGAAAACAAUAUUUUCUUACGAAGAAAAGGAUGCGUUGACAUAUAGGCUUGCAUUUCUCUUUCGAUUUUGCGACAUGACGCCGCUUUACGUGCCCUCUUUGUGUCCAGCGUCUCCCGCCGUUGCGGGUUACCUGAGUUACACACGUGAGGGGAUCAUUGUAAGCAGUGCUUAAUUUGUGCCGGAGCAAGUCGGAGCCCGAUCCGGGACCUCUUUUGAUCGGAUCCGGGACCUAUUUCAGCCGCUCCGGCACCUGUUUCAUCUGCUCCGGGACCUUCCCUGUAGAGGAUGACAUUUUUCGGGAAUUCCCGUGGGUCACGUGAUUCCCGCGGGACUCCCACGGGAUGGGAGUCAUUUUUUAAUUAAUCCCUUGAUCGGGACGGGACGGGAAAAAAGCAACGGGAGUGGGCAGGAGCGGGAACAACAUUAAAAGAUGAUCAUUUUCGGCGGUGUUUAACAACCAGAUGAACAGGUGCGUCCAUUUUUGUAGUCAUCUCCCAGUGAGAGCCAACACUCUUGACCGCGCUAGCAACACAAAAGAACUACAACGGUGGUUUGACUUCCUGUCAGCUGGGAGCGCGGCUGCGCAUUUCUACCCUUCAAGCCAGCAGCGAGGAAACGUAAUUUUGUGACAUUCUGUAGUUUUUCAAUCAUUUCUGGAGUCGUGGCGAAUCAAAUCACCUUACCGGUCUGCCCCUGAUAGGCGAAUAAAGCGCUCGGAUUCAUGCUCGGGUCUUGCUACGUGCUUCAAGAGUAAAGUAAACAAUGAUGGAGGCAGAGAGCAGCUUUGGAGGAGAAACAUCUAGCAGUGUGAACAACCUCUUCAAAAGAGCCCUAAAGACCUACCUUUUUAACAAAGCCUUUGGUUAGUUUUCCUCUAUGCUUUAUGCUUUUACUACCUUGCCUCUUACUUUGCAACUCUAUAUUUUUUAUUUUUUUAAAUUCUUUUUUAUGCCAAUCUGUGACUGUCAUUCUAUUGCUUUUUUUUAUUGUUGCUGCUCUUUUUUUACUGUGUACUGUAGCACUUUACAUUUACAAAAAAUCUCAAAUUGCAUUACAAAUUAAAUUUAUUAUUAUUAUUAUUACUAUUAUUAUUAUUAUUAUGGAGUGCUUUGGCUCACACUAUCGGCGUUUUCUGUGAGUGUUGCAUAACUUUGGGUGAGCACAGACAUGAACGCACUUCAGCCACGUAUUUAUUUAUUCAUUUUUCUAGUUUUAAGUGCUGGUCUUGUACUGGUACUGUACUAGUGCAGCUGUAUACACUUACAUUUUUCAUAGAACUGAAAGCAUACCAUAGCUAUAUCGUGAUAUAUAUCGUUAUCGUGAUAUAAAAUGAUCCAUAUCGUGAUAUACAUUUUUUUCCAUAUCGCCCAGCACUAAAUCAGAGUUAAGUAUUUAGCACAGCUAGACGUUCGGUGUCAGAGGAGAUGAUCGGCCUUUAUUUUUAAAUAAUUACAGUCCUAGCAUCUUUACUGGCAGCAUUUUCUGUGAAAUCUGAACCAAUAAAUUCACAAUGGCUUCUUUUAGUCAAAAUACCAAGUAAAAUAUUUGUAGCACUCUGGAAGUGAACGGGACCACACACUAACUAUUUUUGUAAACAAGUAAAAGUAAACAGGCUACUAGCGCUACAUAACAGGUGAAAAACUUGGCCAAAUACUGAGCUGUGUUUAAAGACGGCUGUAACUUUACCGGCCGUCUGAGUUCUCCAAUGUUAUUAAUGUGCUUUUAAUGACUCAGCCUGUUUAUUUAGGCCCUGCUCAUGUUUGCUAAAUGUGCUUAACUCUCCAUUUAAGUAGCUUCAAGACAUCAAAUAGACAUUAAACUUUCAGAUAAAAAUUGAUCCACUGUCACAAAAUCAUACUGCCAUCCUCUUAUUUUUUUGUUCUGUCUUCUCACCUCACUCCUCACCUUCACAGUGUCAAGCAGUUCUGCAAAGUCACUCUUGUUCCCCAAACAUCUUUAUGGGCUCAUUUAUUACACUGCCAACCUCAUGAAUUAUAUCCCAGUCCUCAGUUUGGGCUCAAGCUGUCCUUGCCUUCCCUGGGUGAUAACAGAUUGUGAAUAUAAAACUGUUAAUGAUAGUACGUACGGGUCUGUUUUGUCACAGUUCGUCACAUUAUUGUGUCCUUGAAUAGACGAAUUAACGCUGCUAAACUGGAGCAAUCAAUUAAGCAUAAUUAAAAUACUUGCAGUGACAAAACUGUAUUGAUUCACAGAACAAAAGGAUCAAUUAGACAAACAAUCAGGGAUUCUGAAAGAGCUGAAACAGCUGCAGAGUCUCGGCCUCCCAAAAUAAAUGACUGUACUUAUCAGGAAUUACAAGAAUAAACUAAGACAGGGAUCCCGGAUGUGUUUAUUGUAAUGCAGCUGAAAGAGGAACACAGUGGUUUCUUAUCUGCUUUGAUUUCGCUCUUGCUUUCAGUUUUUACUGCAGUCUCUGGAAAUUCUGCUCAUUCAGUCUUUUUCACUUCUCAAACCGUGUCCUCAAGUACGCUCCGACAAGCCAGACUCGUAGAUCAACCCUCUGCUCUUCCCUCUGUGAUUAGACCUCGAGAGUGUUUCAGACUCCAGCCUCUCACUGCAGAGGUGUCCUGAUGCAUUUGGUAAACACUGCACAGCAGGUAAAUACCACCGCUGUCAUUACCACCUCAGGCCCCCUCCCAGAACACACACAUGCACACACACACACACACACACAAACACACACAUGGUUGUUGGCCAUGCCGACGCAGCAGUUUUACAGCGCUGACAAUACACAAGAGGGCUAUUAGGAAUAUGCGCCGUCCUGCAAGUUCCCUUAAAAGGCCAGUUAUCUGCCACUUCUCCUCCUAUGGGACUGAUGGUCUGAGGAUGGAGGCUGCUUUGCAUCUGCUGCCCUCCUCUCUGACCUACAUCUCUGUGAGAUAGAACCAGCAGAUAUGAGAGGAGAGAAGAGAUAACUCUAAUCCCAUGACUGUGUGCUGGAUCACCACGUUUUCAGACGUCAGCGCUAUCAAAUGAACAGAUUGCCACGAAACAGGAGGGAGUGCUUGUCAGUCUUCUAUUUCAGUGUCACUUUAAUAGCUAUUUACAUGGUUGUCAUCUCCACAUGUGGCUCUUCUUGAGCAGGGAGAGAUUUGCAUUUCCCCUGCUAUGAAAAGAAAAUGACAGCAAGCUUAGAAAUGUAGAACAGGAAACACAGCGAGUUCUCAAAACAAGCCUCAUUUUUGGAUCAGCUGUCUUUUCUUCUAUCUGACUUUUAAUUUAAGAAUAAGAAGCAGGGCUGGGCAAUAAAACUAUUAUGAUAUAUAUCAAAAAUUAAUUUCCCUCGAUAUAUAUAUAUGAAACAUGGUCAAUAUGCUUUUCGAUAGCUGGCAUUCUGACAUGUUUUGGUAGAUGAAAAGAGGGGAGUUGUUCCGAGUCCGCGCCACGCUAAACCAAUCAUGUGCUGAAUUAAAACCAAGUAGCAAACAACUGUGUAGUAGCAGGCUGCAGCUACACGCAACCAUAGCAGAAAUGCAGAUGAGGGCUCAACAGAUGAUGACAUCGUCGACAGGAUUGGCACAAAAACGUCAGUGGUGUGGAGGUAUUUUGUUUUUUUGAGGUCAGACAUGAAGCAGAGUAACCCCCAAUUUCCACCGUAUCCGGAACGGCAGUGAUUUUCGCCGUCCGCCUAUUCCUACUGGAUCCAUUGGUGAGGCGCAUGUCAUGGCAGAUUGCAGACAGCAGGAAUCGUGUUAACUCGCAAGAACCCUCGGAUUCACGUGCAAUCGCGCGAUAACGGGUUGUCUCUUAGCCACAUAGGCUAACCAUAAAAGCAGUAAAUUGUGUCCUUCCAGAGGAGGAAAUCUACUUCUAGACUUCUAAAAGCAGCAUCUUCUCAUCCAUGGUGUCAUCAGGGUGAUAUGUUGUCCAAAAAACUCACCUGUUCGUUUCCGCCUGUUUGCAUAGUGUGAAAUACCAUCCGCCUGAAACACGUUUUAUUCUGAAAGAAGCCAGAUGUUUUAUUUUGUGUCUGUGCCUGACUUCCUUUCCUGCGUGGUUAAUCUUUGCUGAAUUUCUCCUGCAUGCUGCAGUAUCUGGAAAAAUAGAACUCCUGCGAUCAGCUGUGGAGUCCGGCGAUCCGCAGCAGAACAAAAAGAAGCUGGUGGAAAUUGACACAUUAACUUGAAUGGUUACAAUCAGCCAUGAUCGGCGGAUACGGCCUUUUUGUAGCCGUUCCGGAUGAAGUGGAAAUUGGGGGUAAUGUGCACUGCAAAUUAUGACGAGUACAUCUUCUUACAAAGUCAGGAAAGCGUAACAAGGAACAUUUAAGAUUGAUAAGUGAUUCUUUUAUAUGGUAAUAUAUAUUAAUAACAACAGAUAUGAAAAAAAUAUACUGUGAUAAACUUUUUCCCAUAUCGCCCAGUCCUAAUAAGAAGUAUAAGAGGUGUUCCUCCACAUCUGUUCACUGUCUUACCGCCCUGCCUCUUUGUUUUCUCUUUGUGUACUUUCAGCCUCACGAGUUCGACGAGUGCCGUCUGGACAUCAGCGUCAACGACAGCGUGUGGUACCUGCGAGCACAAGACCCGGAGCACAGACACCAGUGGAUCGACGCCAUCGAGCUCCACAGGGUAAGUUGUUCACACUUUAUCAUUCAUCGCCUUUGACACACUUUGACUAAAUAAUCUAAUCCAAGGUUGGAAUUUGUGAAUGUGUGUGUUUCUAUCAGAGUAUCAGAGAGGGGAGGCAGGAGAAGGGAGGAGUCCAGGGAACAAUAAUCAUCCCUCCACCACUGGUGCGUUUGUAGGACAGUAGGUCUGACUGAGUGCUCGCUUGUGGUUAGAAUAGCUCACUGUUGUUCCACGUGUGUGUGUGUGUGUGUGUUUUUGUUCAAAUUAGCAUCUGUGUUUGUUAAGCUCAUGCAGACUUUUUGCUGCGCUCAUAUUAUCAGGGAUGCAUGGCUUUUGAGCUGUGCUUUAAUAAUAAACGCUGGGAGGUCUUGAAUGAUAUUGCUUUGUUAAAACCGCCUUAGCCAAAGCCAAAGGUUGUCUGAAAGCUGCUCCUGUGCUUCUGUUAGAGCUCCUGUUCAUUGAUUCCUGCAGGAAAUCCUGAAACGCUGAGGUCAAACCGCCCUGCUGUUGAGUCAGUCAGCCCUGAACUGUAGUCAUUGCAUUGUUAUCAGCUUGAAACGCAGCACAAUGUAACUGUACACACACUGCAACAAAAUGUGCUUUUAAAGUCCUGUGCUAAAGGACUCGUGGUGCUGAGAGAGUCAAAGUAGCUCCCAUUGUUUCCAGCCCAUGUCAAGGACAGAGGAAGCAGGUUCAAGCCCUACUGUGUACCUCAGAGCACAAAACAACAGAAGAAGACGUGGUGUGUUCACAGUCACAUACGCACAGAGAGGAGUUUAUGUUCUGUCAUCUGGCUUUCCAAAUUCGUUUCUGAUCGUUUUAGCUACAGAGGAAAAUAAAGUGAUUACUCAGCAUCCACAAAGAAGAUUCCAGUGUUUAAAAGUCUGUCUUUAAUGCAGAUUUAAUCCAUCUUUGAGGCGUACUUGUGUUUAUAGACGAGAGGAAAUCAGCCGCCACACCUUCAGCCUGUGUGAGGAAACACAAACACGCUCACUCGUGGUCCUUAACUUUGGGAAAACCCCCUAAACCCCUCCUCUCUGCGCCUCACUCACUCAUUCCAGCACAAGAGAGGCACCGUGACUCAUACUCAGACUCUCGCACACACUAACACACACAAUCCCACCCACAAUGAGUCACCACCAAAAACUCUCCUCCUUCUUCGAAGCCCCGUCUUUCUCCCUCUGCAAACCCGCAUUACUCACAGCAGCAGCAGCUGAACGUCUCCAAGGAAACACAACACACCACAGCCGACACGUUAGCGUCUCAUAAUCGAAGACAUCUUCACACAAAAACAAAAGUGGUUUCUAGGUGACUAUCUGUAAUAACAACACAAGCUGUGUCAUUUUGUGUAUUUUCAGUGAGCACUCACAGCCAUGUGGCGUCAAUCUUUAUCAUGUAGGAUCAACUUUUUGACUGUUUUUACUUUCUAUUACUGAAAAUUUCAUAGUGAUGGACCUGAUUGACAAGGGAAAAAAUCUGAUUUAAAUGUUUACUUUAUUAUUUUCAUGAUGGAAAAAUACAAAGAAAUGUUUGGGAGAAAACAGAUUGGGACAAAAAACUAUUUUCAUGCUUUCUCUUAAUCAAAAUAAUUGCAAAAAUAAAACCGUAAGAGAAUUAGCAUGAAUUUCUCCCCUAUUAUCCCCUUUUCCUGUUAUGAAAUUUUCUUUUUUCUGAUCGUGUAUUUUAGGGGUGGGAGAAAAAAUUGAUUCACAUAAGUAUCCCAAUUUUUUGUUUUACAGUUUUUAAAUCCAUUUUUUUUUCAAAUGUAAGAAUAAAUCUUAAAAACUGACUCACAUUUAACGUUUAAUUUUUGGGCAAAUAUGGUUCCUGGAAUAGUCAGUAGACAAUCAUAAUCAUUCAGCUGUUUCAUAGGUGUUACAAAUGCAGACUACAAAUCGAGAAAAUCGACAAUAUCGUAGAAACGCAAUUUAAAUCGAAUUGGCAUCCAAAAAAUCGUAGAGGAAUUGAAUCGGGAGAAAAGCAUAUCUUCCCAGCCCUAAUGUAUUUACAUUUGCGACAAAAUAAGACUCUUAGAAAACAUUCACCUGCCCGUCACCUGCUGAAACGUUUAUUCCUGCAGUUAUUGAGAAACAAGAAACUGAAGCUGUUUUCAGACGUGCACUCAGGAAUAUCUCCAGAACAUUUUAGGAGCUCUAUCCUGAGCUCACACCCCCUCUGCCUGCCUGCUCCCCCUCAUCACUUACUGUGUCCUUAUGAGCUCUUCACCUUAAACCUCACCCUGAGAUGAUGAUACUAAGAGGCUAGCAGGAGAUAUUCUGGGUGACGUCAGGGUUCAAAACUUGUUUGUGUCUGCACAUGCUCAGCUCACCCACGGGGUAAUUUCAGGGAGUUUUCAGGAACCUCUGCAUGUCUGAAUGGAGUUUUUUUUUUAAACUGGUUUUCACAUUAAUUUAUGUUGUUUGGAACCUUUCUGUCAUUAAGGAAAUAAGUUAAAUGUGUAUGUCUUAUUCUCCUCAGUCAUUUAAUGAUUUCUAAAUCACCUCACACAUAAACACACAGCAUCUACCAACUGUCAUUAUGUCAAGAGGAGGAAUUCCUGCAGCUGCUUUUACUCCUCUUUUAUUUAUUUAAUUUUUUCAAUCAGUCAUCAAAAGCUCAUCUUGUUUGCAUGGAUGAGUUUCCUGCUAUCAGACAGAUGAAGCAGCCUCCACGCAGACACUGAGAUAGACCUACCUAUCUGCACUGAUGAAGUCACUGGGGUAGCAGCAGUAUGUUGGCUAAAGGGCAGGCAGCAGCAGUGACUCAAAUCCAUGUGAACGCAGGCGGAGUUACUUUUGGUCGUUGACCGACAGUUACCCCAGGCGGUUGCUAAUGCGAGUCACGUGCGUGUUCAUCUCCUGCCCUCUGGUGGUGGGAAAAGAAAGUGCCUUUUAAAGGGAACACCAGGGCUUUCUCUGUGUUGUUGAACCUUUUCCUCUCUGCUGUCCCUGCUGUCCCUCUAUUUUGAGGACCGGCCUGUUAUGUAAAACAAAAGGGGAAGCAGUUAGGGUUAGAGGAAGUCAGCUGAUGUUUCAGUUGUGUUGCCAAGGUGAUUGAGUCCACGUCAGAGUGUGGCCUGCGGUAAUGUUUCAUGACAGCACCUAGAGGGUUUAUAGGAGGGCUGCUUUUGUAAUGAUGUUUCUUAAAGCCAAAGGUGACAUUUUAUGUACAACUGUUGAGUUUUUUUGAACAUAACAGCUGAUUAAAACAGAAAUGAUUCACAUUUAAGAAGCUGGGAUGAGAGGAUCUAGAGGUUUAGAUAUAAAAUAAGAACAUUUGUUAGUGUCUAAAUGAAUAUUUCCAGGUGGAUCCGUGUGGAAUUCAGAGGCCGUAUAGAUUGUGCAACACACAGAUGUGUUUGCCAGGUGAGAACAUUUGGAUCCGAUAGAGCAGAGAUUAGGAGGGUCAGUUUUAGUGAAGGAUUAUUAGGAGCUGAACUUUGGUGUCAGCAGGUUUGUUUUGUAAGCUGCUGCUGCUUCUCCAAACACACUCAUGUUAUUUUUCUCAUGCUAAAAAGUCACUGAUCAAUAUUCUUUAGUGAAGCUGCUGUCUACUAAACUGACUCACAUGUCACUUUGUCUGUUUUCCCUGAUCACAGGCCGAUUCUGGAUAUGGCUCAGAGUCCAGUCUGCGGAGACACGGCUCCAUGUUGUCUCUCACCUCGGCCACCAGCGGCUACUCUGCCACCUCCACGUCCUCCUUCAGGGUAAAUGUUUGCUCAGGCUGGGUUUUUAUUUUCCUUUAUUUGUUGGCACACAUGAGUUAUUUCUGGGAUGGUUGUAAAUAUGAACAACGCUCUGACCACUCUGUUUCAUUGUGAUUUUUGAAGAAGGGCCACAGCCUGAGGGAGAAGCUGGCAGAGAUGGAGACAUUCAGAGACAUCCUGUGCAGGCAGGUGGACACUCUGCAGAAGUACUUUGACGGCUGCGCAGACGCCGUGUCCAAGGAUGAGCUGCAGAGGGAUAAAGGUAGAAGACAUUUUAACUCUGUUAACCAGAUUCAGGCCAUGUAUAGUUUAGUUUAGACUAACAACCAGGGACUAUACAGGGUCUAGUUUACAGCCCAGCAAAUGCUAAUCAGAUUGAUGCAAGAAAAGGACUUCACAAUAAACUUCAGUUUAUAGAAACAGGUUUUUAUUUCAAUAUGCAGCUUCAUCUCUACUGUCACAUAGCUGUUGUACGAGUACAUCUGUUGGUUUCUGGGAACUUAAAAAGAGCAGAAAUCACAAAAAAAUCUCUCAGGAAUCUGUAGCUUAAAAUUUGUCGAUAAUGAAAACAUGUAGUGAGAAAAACCGUGCUCUUGGAUUCUUGUAGGGAGUGUUUGUGUGUGUUGUGACUCAGACAGCAGUUAUUCUACCACCCUCACCCUAACCCUCAGCGGCCCGUCUUGGCCGGCUGAACAUUUGCUCAUGGCAGCCAGUGCUCUGUGUGCUCCUGUGGAUGACCACAGCGAAUGAAGCCCUGCUUUUGUUCUCCUCACCUCCCUCUUUCUCUCCCUCCUCCCUCUCACCCUCCUUUCCUCUCUCACCCUCUGUCCAUUCUGAAGAUGAAACCAGACCAUUGUCAUGUUGUCCAGCACAGCAGAGUUCUGUCAGUCUGAUGGUCUGCUGUGCUGGAGUUUGAGUUGUGAAUGGGACACAAGGCGCUGCCCGGCAUCGGAGCUAGACUGGACUUUCAGCAGGGCCUUAAAGGACAUCUGCCUGUAAAUGUCUCCUCUCUGAAACCGUCUUCUUCUGUUUACAGUGGUGGAGGAUGAUGAAGACGACUUUCCCAACACUCGGACGGAUGGAGAGUUUCUGCACAACAACAACAACAACAACGGCAGCAAAGAGAAACGUGAGUGAGGCAGAACUCUUCAGAAAACUUGGUGUUUCUCUUUUGUCAAUACAAACAUCUAUGUCUGAGAUAGAGAACUGUUCACCCUACACUAAAAUACCGUAACACUCACCGAGAUGUCACUGACGAGUCUGAUGAAUACGAAUUUGUUGUGUUUGUUUAACUCCGUUUUUUCUUCUGUUCAGUGUUCCAGUCCUUGAGUCACAAGGGAAUCAAUGGCAUAGAUUUCAAGGGUGAGGCCAUCACAUUCAAGGCCACCACAGCCGGGAUCCUGGCCACUCUGUCCCACUGUAUCGACCUCAUGGUGAAGAGGGAGGACAGCUGGCAGAGGAGACUGGAUAAGGUGAGAAACAUCUGGAUUUAAUCAACCAGAGAGAGAAAGUUAUUGUCAGUGUACAUACUUGACAAAUUCCUCUGCACAAUCACAUUUGUUUUGACGCCUCUGGACGUCUGUGUGUGUAGGAGAUGGAGAAGAGGAGGAGAAUAGAGGAGAGCUAUAAAUCAGCGCUGAAUGAGCUGAAAAAGAAGUCUCAUUUUGGAGGCCCAGACUACGAGGUGAGAGUCUUGAAAUUCAGUUAUGAAGCUGCUCGAUAUUUCAGUUGUGUGUGCAUUUUAAAGCAAAGCUCUGUUUCUGCACUCUCAUCACAGGAGGGUCCAAACAGCCUCAUCAAUGAAGACGAGUUUUUUGAUGCGGUCGAAGCUGCUUUAGACAGACAAGACAAAAUAGAGGAACAGGUAAGAACAUGAACAGAACUCAAAGACCUGGUUUGGAGGUAAAAGUUUGUCAAACAUUUCUCUGGAUCUGUUUUCUGUCUUUGUGUUCAGUCUCAAACAGAGAAGACCAGGAUACAGAGAUCCAGCCCCGUCCCUCCUUCAGACAUUUACUCCAGCUCCGGCUCGCACAGAUUCUCCGACAAGGUUCGAUUUCAAACAGCUUUCAGUACUCCAGCCGCUCCACCUCCAUCCCUUCCACUUCCAUUUUUUCCUCAUUUUCACAUCCUGUUAUUUUAACUAUGUCUGUUUCUCACCUUCAUCCCUCCAUUGUCAUCCUCCCUGUAGCCUCAUAGUCAGUCCCACCCCGCUCUGAUAGUCAGCGCUCUUCCUCCUCCUCCUCAUCCUGUCCACAGAUACAGCAGAGAGGUAAUCCUCAGUCCUCUUGGCCCUGAAAUCAUCAGAAUCAGGAUCAAUGUGUGUUCACCUUAACACCACGUCUGCAUGGCUGCUGAACCCGCAGUAACAAAAGCUGAAUUAAGGAAGCUCUGAGAGAGACUGAAACUUACCUCAGCAGCAUGAAGCAUGAGUUUGAAACCUUGGUGGCUUUUUUAUGCAUAUUUUGGGGUCUUAAUCACCUUAAUGGACAAACAGAUCAGCCGUUAGCUAGCAUGUUUUUUAGUCUUCAAACGUUCACAGUCAUGGAUCCAAAAAGUGGGCGGUCUCCAAGCUUUCCUUGGAAUUACAGGUGUCUAUAUAACCACUGAACACUUCUCAGUGCCCAUCAACUAGUAUUUGUUCUUUACAUGUUCAAAUCUUAAAGCCAAAUCUGUGAGUGGCAAAAAGAGAGACCCUGAAAUAUGUCAAAGUGGACCAAAGUUUGAAAACACUUGAAUUCCUUGUGUCUGUGUCUGUGUACCAGGUACCAGAGUGAAGUACUUCAGUCAAAGUUAACACACUUUUCUAAUGUCACUGUGGUCACCUGCAUGUCUCUGAUUUAAAAGGAUAUUUUGGUGUAAAAUUAAUUUAGGGUCAAACACACUGUAACACCGAGUUAUACCAACUUCCAUAGUGAUACCAACUUUAGUAACGACCGCAGGAUAGCAAUACACAGCGGUCUGAGGAGCUAUAAACAAACCUCAACCAAAACGCCACUCUAUAGCCACAAAUAAUGCUCAGAACAGCACCUAACUUCAUCAACAGUACAUAUAGGGUCCCAGCCAUAGUACUAGCCACCAAACAUCUUUUUAACUUUGCCUGAUUUCUUUAGCAAAGAGACUAAACACAACUCACCUACUCUCUUCCAGCAGUCGCUUGUUUGUAGGGAGACCUUGGGACAGUCCAUUACGGACUACAGUGGGGUGUAGCAGCUCAAGGAAGAAACAUUUAUAAUCAUUUCUUCAUGGAAAUGCAAUCAAACUGAGACACUGAGGCAGAAGAACUACCGCCUCUGCAGUGCAAAAUGAUUAUUAUGGUGAUUAUUACUUCAAGAAAAUUAUAAAGUAAUGAUGAAAAAAGUUCUUCCUUGAGCUGCGUCACCCCGCUGUAGUCUGUAAUGGACUGGCCUGAGGUCUCGCUACAAACAAGCGGCUGCUGGAAGAGAGUAGGUGAGUUGUGUUUAGUCUCUUUGCUAAAGAAAUCAGGCAAAGUUACAAAGAUGUUUGGUGGCUAGUACUAUGGCUGGGACCCUAUAUGUACUGUUGAUGAAGUUAGGUGCUGUUCUGAGCAUUAUUUGUGGCUAUAGAGUGGCGUUUUGGUUGAGGUUUGUUUAUAGCUCCUCAGACCGCUGUGUAUUGCUAUCCUGCGGUCGUUACUAAAGUUGGUAUAAUUAGAGAAGCAAGCGGUCGGCAACAUUCAUCUCUCAAGGAGGUGUCUAACUGGGUGUUACGGUGUGUUUGACCCUAAAUUAAUUUUAAUAUCCCUUUAAUGUCACUGUGUUCGCAUCAAAGAGGGGACAGUUUAACUGUUCAGGGACAUCAUGUACAAAAAAAACAUGGAGGCAGGUGCUUGAGUGAGACUGACAGCUGCUGAGUGAGGAAGUGAAAUCCUCUGUGUUUCUAAAACAGGAAUAAAUGUUGUGAUUGAAUUUAGCACAUUUACACCGCGCUGAGCUGAUAUAUGAGCGCCAUCCUUAUUGAUUAUUUCCUCUCUCGCUCUGUUUCUUGUGUUCACAGGUGGAGGAGAUGGUGCAGAAUCACAUGACCUACUCUCUGCAGGACGUGGGCGGAGACGCCAACUGGCAGCUGGUGGUAGAAGAGGGAGAAAUGAAGGUGUGAAUAUUUCUGUCACUUAGAGGAGCAAACUUAGAUCUGACGUGUGAAUUAUGAGACUUUUUUUUUUCUCUGCCUGCAAGUAAAUCAAUCAAACUGUCAAAUGGUUAAAGUCAGUUUUUCUUUGCAGGUGUACAGGAGAGAGGUGGAGGAAAACGGGAUCGUUCUGGAUCCUCUGAAGGCCACUCACUCAGUGAAGGGGGUCACAGGUCACGAGGUGUGCCACUACUUCUGGGACACGGCUUAUCGCAACGACUGGGAGAGUAAGUCAAUCAAAAGAACCCGUGUAAAUAAUGAUAACCUGUAUUCAUCAAUUUUAAUAUUUCAAUGUGCUCCUGUUUUUUCUGCUUCUUAUAGCAACAAUCGAAAACUUCAACGUUGUGGAGUCAUUGUCAGAAAACGCUGUGGUCGUUUAUCAAACUCACAAGGUAAACGGAUCGUCUGUGAAGUCCUGAAUGUUUCACACAUGAUGGUUUUCAGAAUUGUUGGAUCUAGAAUGACGUGUUUAAACGUGUUUCAGCGAGUGUGGCCGGCCUCUCAGAGAGACGUACUGUACCUGUCAGCCAUGAGGAAGAUCCUGGCCAACAAUGAGAACGACCCAGACACCUGGCUGGUCUGUAACUUCUCCGUGGACCACGACGACGCUCAGGUGAGCGGUUAGGCCCGUAAGCGUUCAGACGUUGCUUCUCUUCUCUCUGCUUCUCCCUCUUGACUCUCUGUCCUGUCGUCCUGCAGCCAUCCAGCAGGUGUGUCCGUGCCAAAAUCAACAUCGCAAUGAUCUGUCAGACCCUGGUCAGCCCACCAGAGGGAGACAAAGAGAUCAGCAGAGAUAACAUCACCUGUAAGAUCACCUACGUCGCCAAUGGUGAGUGUCCAGGUGUUAGAUACUUAGGCUCAAUCUCAAACAGUCCCCUCCACACUCACCCUUCACUACUGAGUGUCACUCAUAAUGAAGUUACACUUGCAGCCGUAGAGUGCGCCUCAGCUGAAAUCAGAGUAAGACAGGUAUGGGACGCCAUCCUCACACCACAGAAAAAGAAAGAUUCAUCGCCAUAGCAACAUAAAGACGCAUCCUGUGCAUGGCAGCGUUUCUUUCUUAAGUAAAUGGGCAACAUGUACAGUUCUUAGCCGCCUCGUUUUUUCAUUGUCUCACUGAAAUCAUAAAUCCAGCAACCAUGACAGUGACAGGAGCUACAUUGUACUUCUGAUUGUUAGUGAUUCUCCACGUCUUUGAAAUCAAACGUCAGCACAGAGUAAGAUUUCUGAGUUUCAUUUGAUCUUUCCAAACUACGUCUUUUGUUUUUUUCUGUCAGUCAGACAAAAGUGGACACAUACGAAACUUAGAUUUGUUUGCUUCUUUGCUCCUUCUCUAUUUUUGCUGGCGCACUACCAGCAAAUCCUGCCAUAAGUGUGCACCGCUGCAGGCUCGCUAUUUCAGGGCUGAAUGGUCCACUCGCCCUCCGCACACUGUGGUGUAGAGCGAGUGUGUAGGGGUCGGUUUGGGAGUGGGCCUUAUUCUGCCUCUACACUCAGAUCUUCCUCCUCAGUUUACGUCUCCUGUUUUUGUUUGUGUGCAGUGAAUCCUGGAGGCUGGGCUCCGGCCUCUGUGCUCCGGGCUGUGGCGAAGAGAGAGUACCCCAAGUUCCUCAAACGGUUUACCUCCUACGUCCAGGAAAAGACUGCCGGGAAACCGAUCUUAUUUUGAGGCCUCCAGCUCAGGUGAGUCUCCUUAAAGCUGCAGCAUCUUUUUCAAAAACAAACAUCAACUGUUUCUCUGAUUCUCUGUAAUUUUCUUACAAAAUAACAAACAUUUUCUUUCUUUGCAGUCAUGAGACACGAGGACUGAUCUGCACAAGGAGCGGCUAAUCAAUCGGACUCCUCGUCAGCUGCUGUGACAGGAUGAGACGCUCCAGCAAAUCCAUUUCUCUCCCUCCAGAUUCAUAGUUGUGUUAUUUCCAGUAGGAGAGGGUGGCGCCCUCUGGUGGUGGCUUUGAAACAUUUCUCACCUGAUCUGGUGAUCAUUUCAGCAUUUGUCCCCCUGAUUUCAAACAGUCCAACACUUAAUCGUGGAGUUUAAAACAUGACGAGCGUCUCUUCUCCCAGCCGCUCCUGAACGCCUCAGUCGACGCCAUAUUUCCCGCUCAUCCAGAGGCUUCGGCCGACACCUGGGAUCGUAUCUCUUUCUUACAGAUAUAUUAAUAUAUAAAUGUACCUAUGUUGGAUAAGAGGUUUGUACAAUAGAAACAGAUCUUUGCUAAUAGACUCAAACAUUUUAAAUUUUCAUUCAGAGCUCCUAUUUUCUAGAUUCUUCUCUCUUCUUUUUCCAUGUGCAGUAAUCUCACAGCUGCUAACUUUUGCUAGCGAACCCGUCGGUGAUUGACUUGAAUUAUCUCACUCGUACUGAGUCCAGAGGGCUGUCAUUGACCUAUGACCCCAAUGAUGUAAGACUUGACCUUUCUGACUGCGUCCCUCUCAUGAAAACACCCCCCCAACGGACGGGUGCCGAUGGAGGGACGAGUCCAGACGAGUAUCAUGUACAUUGUGUUCCUUUGCUUUGUGUUUUUGAAUGUUCUCGGUAGUGUCGCUAACAUUUCUCUGAAGGUCUUUUUGUGACUGAGUGGAGCCCAAAUGCCUUAGAGUAAGAGAAUAGAGUUAAACGAGAGGCUGCUGGAAGAGAGCACCAAGAAAUCACUAGUGAAGUGCCUCAUAGCGAAUCCCCUCAUUCUCUCAUUUCUCUCAAUUUAACUGAUCACUGAAUGGAUGAACCUGCUGAUCCUGGAAGAGCGACUUUUUAUUUCAACCUUGGCCCCAUUUUUUCAACAAAUUUAUCACAGGUAUCAAAAUCAAGCUGCAAGGUUUAGAAUCUCAAACUAUCCUCUAGGAUGUUUAAAGAUGUUGAAAAUUCCAGUUUAAUUCAGUUUAAGAGUCGCUGCUUCUUACUUUAUCGUGUGCCUGGUGUUUGUCCCUUGUGCUGUGAACCAGCAGCAGAAAUUCUGACUCCACUCUUGAUGCACAAAAUUCAGUCUUAAAGAAAUGCAGGGCAGUUAACUCCAGAGAUCAUCAAACUCUGGACUUCACAGCUCUGCAUUUGUCUUUGGUCUCCAUUGAAUCAUUUCCACCUUUGAACAGCACAAAAUGUAUUUUCCUGCGUCGUGUGAGUGAUGAGUUGUAGUUUUUUUCGCUCUGAUUUUGAAGCUUUUAGCCGAUCUGCGUGGACGAGAGUGAAGCCAGAUGAUGCUCAGUGUCUCUCUGAGUGGACAGAAGCUCUUUCCUCAUGAAGCAUUUCAACAUUUCUAGCUAAAGUCGUUCCAAAUGAAUGUAAUUAGAACUAGUUUUGUAAAUAAUCUGUUCAUACUAACGCUGUGGGAUCAACUUACAACACGUACUGUGACGACGUCCACUUCUGCCCUGUUUGAAAAGUGAAAUAAAGAAGUUCAUCCUACACGA